GGCACAGAGCAAAAAAGCUAUUAUGAACUGUAGGUCACUGUGAAAUCGCUUCUUGGGAAGAAAACGUUUACCCGUGGUUUUUGGUUUUCUCUAAAUAUUUAUGUAUUGAUUUAUUUAGUUCUGAGUUAGGCAACGUACUGUAAGAUGAUAUUACUUUAAUCAUCUUCACAUGAAUAUUUAUGGUAGCCACCGGUGCCUCAUCCUUUAGUAGGACUUAAUUAUACAUUUGUGGGCAAAAUAGUCAUCUAAUGUUUGUUCCUUGUAGUCACUCCAUGGAUUCCUUUGGGCAUCCUAGAGCAGAAGAUAACCAGUCAGUAGUCAGCAGAAUGCAAAAGAAAUACUGGAAAACUAAACAGGUCCUCAUCAAAGCCACAGGGAAAAAGGAGGAUGAGCACGUGGUGGCAUCUGACGCAGAACUGGAUGCUAAACUGGAGGUUUUUCACUCCAUUCAAGAGACAUGCACUGAACUUCUGAAGAUAGUUGAGAAGUACCAGCUAAGACUCAAUGUUGUAUCAGAGGAAGAAAAUGAACUAGGGCUCUUUUUAAAGUUUCAAGCAGAACGAGAUGCAACGCAAGCUGGCAAACUGAUGGAUGCCACGGGCAAGGCACUCUGUUCCUCAGCCAAGCAAAGAUUGGCCCUGUAUACGCCCCUGUCUCGUCUUAAGCAAGAAGUAGCAACAUUCAGUCAAAGGGCGGUAUCCGAUACCUUGACGACAAUUAAUCGCAUGGAGCAGGCACGCACGGAGUACAGAGGGGCUCUGCUGUGGAUGAAGGACGUGUCCCAGGAGCUGGACCCAGACACCUUAAAGCAAAUGGAAAAGUUCAGAAAAGUUCAGAUCCAAGUGAGAAGCAGCAAAGCUUCUUUUGACAAGUUGAAGAUGGAUGUUUGUCAGAAAGUGGAUCUGCUUGGAGCCAGUCGCUGCAACAUGCUCUCCCACUCACUCGCUACCUACCAGAGAACACUGCUGGGAUUCUGGGAGAAAACAGCUCGAACGAUGUCCCAAAUCUACGGGGCCUACAUUGGCUUACAUCCAUAUGACUUUGUGGCCCUCAAGCAACUGCAAGACACUUCGAGCAAGCUUGAGGGAGACCACAAAGAAGAACAAGUAGAAAACAGUCCACUCACUGAGAACCUCAGCAGGUUAGUUUUGUCAGAUGAGGAAGUGAACUUGAGAAGUGAAUCAGUUGCAAAAGAUUUACCUGGAGAUUCACUGGAAGAUGAUUUUGAGAAGGAAUUCUCAUUUCUGAACAACCUCCUAAGUCCUGCUUCUUCAAGUUCUAGUGAAUUUACUCAAGAAUGCCAGACUGCCUUUGGGAGCCUCACGUUCCAGGAGCCUCCCGUGGGGUCCGAGCCCCUUGCUCAUUCCCAACGAUUCCUUCCUUCCCAGCUCUUUGACCUUGGCCUUCAUGCUGCUGGAGCCUUCAACAGCUGGGCCUCCAGAGGGGGAUUCGAACCUCCUCUCUCACACACUGAUAGUCAGCCAGUGCCUUCACAGAGUCCAAAGAAAUCAACAAAAGCUCCAAACCAUGGUAACCAAGGCAUGUCAGCCUGGUUCAACCUAUUUGCAGACAUGGAUCCGCUUUCAAACCCAGAUGCCAUUGGACACUCGGAUGACGAACUUCUUAAUGCUUGACUGACGUUCCGAUGCCACUUCAGAGGCCUUGAGACAUCAAUUUCUCCACAUAUUGCCUUUGUGGAAAGGAGUUCUUAUUGAAUCCAUACACAAAAGCAUUGCUUGUGAAUAUAUAACCCUUGUCAGCCAGCUUUAGACAGAUGGUAAGGACCACAUUUGAAUACACUUGUCUCUUUAAUAGCUUGGAUUUGCAGCUGUUGAUAAUAUGUGGGAAAUAUUAGGAACUCCUUAGUUUGAAAUAGAUUUAGAAGUUUAUUUUGAAAGAACAGCUGGGAAGAAUUCUUCUGUAAGGGGUUGGGCUUAUUUCUCUGGAGAGCCUUUUAUUCAGGCUGCUUUGCUGGCUGUGAGUAUUCUUUAUGUGGAUAAAGGACAGCAGGUAAAUUGGGUUGUGAUUUAGGGUUGGAUUUUAAAUAAAACAGUGGCAAGGAGAGUUCUCUGUUAUGGAAAACAGCACUAGAACCAGGCCAGUUUUGUCUUUAGUUAGAAAGGUAGGAGGAUAAGGCUUGAGAACUCAAUUCGCUUUAAAUUCACAGAGAAACUUGGUGCUUGUUUUCUCCACUUAAGAGACUAAAAUGUAAUAUUAAAUUUUCCUUCAUAGAAAAUCAUGGACACCCCUCAAUCCAUUAUCGAGUUUUCGGGGGGAAGUAGCAGGAUGACUUAUUUGCUCGGUCCAUCCACUGUAGAAACAGAAAAAUCUCUCUCCCUGCCAUCAACCACAAGAGUGUCCCAACACAUUGCCAAUGUAAUGGGCAGUAUUCACAUUCCUCCUGAGGAGGGGGCGGACACGCCCUAGGCAACUGACAACUGUGUUCCUGAAAUUACCCAGGAACUUCUGUCUGAAUGAGGGAGACAGCGUAAACACCCUAUCCUCGUACCUAUUUGCAUGUUUACAUAUUUCUUGACGUGUUUUUAUCACAGAGUACUUCCUGCCGGAAUCACAGAAAGCUGAUCCCUAAGGGAGUGUCUUAUCCUUCCCUUUUCCAUUUGAGCGGCACCAUCUGAGGUGUCUUUGAUUGCUCAGGAAAACCUGUUAAACCCAGAGCGUUUUGAGCCUAAGUACUAGAGGGGAGGGUAUUUCAUUGAAGUUAGUGGAAGCUGAUGAACACAGAGCCGCUGUACACACACAUCAAUCACUCAACUGCUCUCUUUUCUUCCGACCUUUUCUUUUGGGGGCAGUUCCCCAAGUGUGCUGUUUUUGUCAUCCAGACCAUUGCAUCUCCAUGGGAAAACAUUGAGCUUAGCUGUUCACAGAAGUUUCAAUAUGCUCUUAGUUCUGAAGAGGCUUGCUUAUUAUUUACAAGAGAACUGCUUGUCAAGUUGGAGUCGCUGUAUGGACCGGCAUAGGUAAAAUGCAGCCCACGGCUCACCCAGAGGGUCUGGCCUCAUGAUGGAACUGCCCACGGGCUCCCCAAAACACCCCACCACUGUGGCCGAGGACUGGGUAGGCAGGAGGAUCUUGUCUGAGUGUCAGAAACAUGGACCCAGGAAAAGGCUAUGACGUCUUUCCGUGAAAUCUUUUCACAUGCUUCUUCCUGUUUCUUUAUUUGCUUAUCCCUUCAGAAGUAUUUUUUUUAGCUCUUCUUUUUUUAUUCAGUGAAAUUUCCCAGAAUGCAAUACUGUCUCUGUUCUGCCAAGAUCCAGUCAGCAGGGGUUAUGAUUACGAUUCACAAUCUAAAUUUUAUACCCGUGGUGACUCUGCUCUCACUUUGAGUAUUUCAGAAAACGCUGACUCUAUGUCUUCAGUUUGUGUCAUUUUUCCUUUACUAAUCUUUCCUUUACUAAUUUAUUUCACUAAUGCAUUAGUUCAAAUAUAUUUAUCUUCCUCACAUGCAUACAAAGCAGUCCCCUGUUAUCUCAUGCAAACGAAGACACCAUGACACAGAGGAAAAGCACUAGUCUCUCCAAGCCAGAAUCCCGAAUACCAGACUAUGAAAGUGAGGAGAUACUGCCCUCAAUUUCCCAAGAGCAAAGGUUCUCAAACAAACAAACAAACAAACAAACAAACAAACAAACAAACAAACAAA